AUGCGGGGAGCAGCCCGGGUGUCCGUGUCUCUGGGGUCGCUCAGUUUGCUCCGGCUCUUCGGGGUACCUUGGCCCUGGAGCUUGGCGGCCAGUCUGGGGGUCUACCUGGGCACCGGGGGAUGGAGGUUCCUGUAUGUGGUGGUGCGCACCGCCAGGCGAGACCUCAAUGGUCUGUAUGUGCUCCUGCGAGUGAAGUUGGCCCUCCAUCGCCACAUGUGCAAGGGCAGCACCAUCCCUUCCAUCUUCGCCCAGACGGUGGCGCUGCACCCGGACAAGCCGGCGCUGGUGUACGAGGCCACGGGGGAGACCUGGACCUUCUCCCAGCUGGACCAGCUCUCCAACGCGGUGGCCCACUGGGCGCUGAGCCAGGGCUGGGCCUCGGGCGAAGUGGUGGCCCUCUUCAUGGAGAGCCGCCCCAUGGUGGUGGCCCUCUGGCUGGGCCUGGCGAAGGUGGGCGUGGAGGCGGCGCUCAUUAACUUCAACCUGCGCCGCGAUUCGCUCCUGCACUGCAUGGGCGUGUCCGGCGCGCGGGGGUUGGUGUUUGGGGCGGAGCUUGCUGACGCGGUGCUGGAGGUGAGCUCGUCGCUCAGCCAGUCCAUGGUGCGGUUUUGCAGCGGGGAGCUGAGUCCGGACCGGCGGGCCUCCCUGUCUGCCCUGGUGCUGGACCCUCUGCUGGCCUCUGCCCCAUGCCUGCCCCCUCCCUGCGCCCACCGCAAGGGCUUCAACGAUCGCCUGUUCUAUAUUUACACCUCUGGAACCACAGGGCUCCCAAAGGCUGCCAUUGUGGUACACAGUCGGUAUUACCGUAUUGCUGCCUUCGGGUACCACGCCUUCCGCAUGCGCAGCGAUGACAUCAUCUACGACUGCCUGCCUCUCUACCACUCCGCAGGGAACAUCAUGGGAGUGGGUCAAUGCCUGGUCAACGGUCUCACCGUCGUGGUGAAAAAGAAGUUUUCAGCCAGCCGCUUCUGGGAUGACUGCAUCAAGCAUAACUGCACAGUGGUGCAGUAUAUCGGGGAGAUCUGUCGGUACCUGCUGUCCCAGCCCGUGCGGCCGUCGGAGAGGGGGCACCGGGUUCGGCUGGCGGUGGGGAACGGGCUGCGCCCCAGCGUGUGGGAAGCCUUCACCGAGCGCUUCCAGGUCGCACAGGUUGGCGAGUUCUAUGGAGCCACAGAGUGCAACUGCAGCAUCGCCAACAUGGAUGGCAAGGUGGGGGCAUGUGGGUUCAACAGCCGCAUCCUACCCAACGUAUACCCCAUCCGGCUGGUGAAGGUGGAGGAGGAGAAUAUGGCUCUGGUGCGGGACAGAGAGGGGCUGUGUGUGCCCUGCCGACCAGGGGAGCCAGGGCUGCUGGUGGGUCGGAUCAACCAGCAGGACCCACUCCGCCGCUUUGAUGGCUACGCCAGUCAGGACGCCACCAGCAAGAAGAUCGCCCACAACGUCUUCAAGAAGGGGGACUCUGCCUACCUGUCAGGUGACGUUCUGGUGAUGGAUGAGUUGGGCUACAUGUACUUUAGGGACCGCAGCGGAGACACCUUCCGCUGGAGGGGGGAGAACGUCUCUACCACGGAGGUGGAGGGGACCCUGAGCACCCUGCUGGGACAGACCGAUGUGGCCGUGUACGGAGUACCUGUACCAGGUGUGGAGGGAAAGGCGGGGAUGGCGGCCAUCGCAGACAGGGCGGGGCAGUUCGACUGUGACGCGUUUCUGCGAGAGGUUCAGCACGUCCUGCCCCCCUACGCCCGUCCCGUCUUCCUUAGGAUCUCCCCGCAGGUGGACACCACAGGCACCUUCAAGAUCCAGAAAACACGGCUACAGAGGGAGGGGUAUGACCCACGCCUUUCAACCGACCGGAUCUACUUCCUGAACUCCCGAGCGGGGCGUUACGAGGCUGUGAACGAGGAGUUAUACAGCGCCAUAGUGGAAGGCAGGAUGUCUCUAUGACAGACAGACACAGACUGCCAAUACCCUCCAGACUCUGCAUACGCAGCUCCUCUGAAUGGCUGGGCCUGUAAGAAAAGGGCAGCCAAUCAGGAGAGCAGAACGCAGUCCUCACCGUGCUGUCGGUAGGAGCAGCUGGCGUGUCUGCGGUGGAGCCAGACAGGCUUUUUGUGGGGACGGAUGCUGCUUCAGAUGGUUUCAUAGCAACAGUAGCUGUCACUCUGUUACCAUGACAGCGACAGAGGGACAGAGGGAACUGUGGGAGUCUCGGGGGAUUGGGGUGUGGGCUGGUACCCUCAGACAUGGCCACAGAACUGACUGUGAGGGUAAAGAUUUACCAACCACAAGCACAGAGGAGUGUUACCAUAGUGACAUGGUCAUCGUCUCUGUCAUAUACACAUACACGUGCAGAAACUCAUACACAAGGACACACACACUCACAGUCUUACACACAGGUACACACUCCUCAUGAAGUGCCUUGUCUCUCAGCCAGGCGUACUAAGGCCACUGUGUGGUUUUUCUGCUGCGUUCUCUGCAGGUCCAUUAUGGUCCGAUACCCAUGUUACCCGAGGUUUUGUGGGGGCGUAACUCCAGUCUAAACUCUGCUGACUCCCCCUUUGCAAGACAGCAGUGGGCAGCUGCCGGUGACACAGUAAAACCUCUCAGCGGAGCGUAGCAGCAUGCUAGGGUACAUAUCCACACGGCCAUUUUAGCGAUGCAGCCAAACGGUGGCCUGGAGGCGGGGCUUCAUGCGGCCUCCUUCCCGGGGGGAAGGGCAGCAGGCUUGACGGCCCACAGAGAAACGGUUCCUGUGGAAUAUCUAAAGUAGCACUGUAAUGCAGGCGUAAGUAUCUCUGCUG